UCUAUGCAAGUAGACACGGCUCACUAACGCUUCUAUAAUCUGUAACCCGUAUGACAGUUUUGACUUUUGAUACGCGUUGAUGCAUCAUAGUUUUUUCUAUUUAUCAUAGAAUUUAACUACAUUCGUUUUUUUAUUUUCACAAAACUUAAUAAUAGUGGCUCAUAUAAAAUAAUUAUUCCCUAAAAACUAUGGCUGACGUGUUGGAUAUCGAAAAUUCGGAGGAAUUUGAAGUAGACGAGGAUGGUGAACAGGGUAUCGCGAGGCUGAAGGAAAAGGCGCGAAAACGCAAGGGUCGUGGCUUCGGCAGCGAGGCGGGCGGCGGCGGAGCGUCUGAAAGAGGCAGCAGGGGAAGAUAUGACAGCUUGGCUCCAGAAGGAGACGGUAACACUCCAGGCCCGCAGCGCUCUGUCGAAGGCUGGAUAUUGUUUGUCAGCAAUGUUCAUGAAGAAGCACAAGAAGAAGACAUACAGAAUCAAUUCUCAGAGUUUGGGGAAAUCAAAAACAUUCACUUGAAUCUGGAUCGUCGCACAGGUUUCCUCAAAGGAUAUGCCCUCGUGGAAUAUGAGACUUACAAACAGGCAGCGAGUGCUCGCGAAGCCCUCGACGGCGCGGAUAUUCUCGGACAGCCGAUUUCAGUGGACUGGUGUUUCGUCAAAGGGCCCACCAAAUCGCAGAAGAAGAGGCGAUAGUCUUACAUCUAGCUUUAUUUAUAAACAUUGUGGAUACUUCUUUCUGAUUGUGGAUGUGUGAUGUAAUUGUUAAGGUGAUAAAGUUAUAUGGCAAUAAUAAGAUUUCCAUUGUUUUUGUCUAUGAUAAGUCCCGUGGGAUAUAGGUUUUUCUGGAUUGGCAUGCGAGAAAGAUGUCCUUUCAUUAUAUACAUUAGACACAUCACCUUAUGAGUUUGUAUUAAAUUGAUCUAUUUUUGAGCUUGUGUAUGCUUGCGUCUUUAUGAAUAAAAACAGUUGUCCAUGAAUGUAAGAGUAUUACUU